CCACAUUCACUCUACAUAUUAAGGCUCCUUCCACUCCGUUCCUCCAAUACCAUGCCUGCUGCCUCUGAACAGCUUCGUCGUUUCUACGUUAUUCAACGUAUGAAGGAGCAAGACGUACCUCUACCUGAACACCUAUCUAGCUUAUCCUUCGAAGAACGGUUCCAAGUUUACAAGGACGAUCGUACCAAAUUCAACUUUCCGCUAUCAUAUCCCCAUUGGAUUCAAAGUGAAAAACUACGCUACCACUUCCCAACUAUAUACACCAAAUGGCUUCAGCAAUGUACCGAAUCUCAGGAGUUUCAGCCCGUACCACCAAUGUCAGUAGCCAAGCGUGAAUCCACACCACAAGAACCAGUAGCUGAAACAUCACCUCAGAAUCUGUCCAAAAGGAAACUAGAAUUUGAGUCUACAACUCCAGCUAAAAAACCAAAGCUUACUCAGUUCAUCGACGAUAUGUCAGCUACACCUUGCCAACCCUCGCCCAGCGAAGAUUUCGAACCUGUAUCAGAUAAAAAACUAGCUGAUAUGUUUCAAGCUGAUGCAAACGCUGCGGAUGUUCCUAAAAAUACCGCUGCUCUAGACAACGACACUCUGUUCGAAACCAUCAAAGCUGAGUUUAAUACCGAUAACAAUCUUUGGACAUUCAUCUACAGAGGAUCACCUACUACAUUCAUUAAAGGUACCCAUGUCAAUGCUUUAGUUAUACAGCAUUCCGACCAUUACCAUUUUGUUUUCUCAUCCUCUCCAAACAACAGUAACUGGGCGCUAAAACGUUUACUUAAGGCCUGUUCCAUACCCGAAACCUUCACAUUUGAUAUCCUUACAACUAUACAACCCGUUAUCGAUUGGAGUAAGCCAGCUGUUUACCAUUCACGUACCGGCUAUACCGUACAGCUACUUGGAACCAAAUUUCAACAUUUGGCAGACAGUAUUGCUCUCACACCGGCGAUCAAAGGGAUUGCGCUACCAUUAAUAGAGUCUCUAGAAAACAGCUUCACACAAACGUUAAUCGUGGGAAACGUAUCGAUCUUUUAACGGAUCUAAUUGAAACGUACCACUCUACACAUAUUAAUCAUUUGAAACGCAACCUUACGCGGCAACAAGAGCUACGCAUUUAUCGAGAGUUUGGUCUUCAGUGGGAGGAAACAGCCAAACUCUGCAUUGAAACCUUCAAUGGAGAGAUUAUCUUGUUACAGCAAUCCAUGACUUUCGAAGAUUACAUCCAGAGUAACCACCACUUAAAACAGUGUACGCAUCCAGACGAUCCACAUACUCCC